UCUAUAAAUCUAGUCUAUGAAUAAACCUACAUAAGGGUGGAGCUGCUCUGGAUAGUCUCACAGAUUAGCUAUGGUUGCUUACAAUUAUAUUUUUGCUUUCCUCUUGCUAGCUCUGUUUAUCACAAUAGGGGAAGGAAAAAAUGUUCUUUUUAUGCCAGUUGAUGAUUUGAGACCUGAGAUGCUGGAAGCAUAUGAUCAGAAGUACAUUCACACUCCAAACUUGGACAGGUUGGCCAAAGAGAGUUUUGUCUUCCAAAGAGCUUACUGUCAGCAUGCUGUGUGUAUUCCCUCGAGGAACAGUUUCAUGACUGGAAGGAGACCAGAUACAACUCAUGUUUGGAUAGGAUUUGGAAAUGCUAACUUCAGAGUUACAGGCCCAGACUGGAUAUCACUUCCAGAGCACUUUAAGAAGAAUGGGUACACUACACUAGGAGGAGGAAAGACAUUCCAUCCCAAUAGUCCUCCUAACUGGGAUGAACCAAAAUCCUGGUCACAAGAUCAACCAUAUUUUCCAUUUUCUCUUGCGAAGUGUCCCAAUACUACAACGGCACACAAACUUGGGGCUUAUGUUGCUGAUAUUGAUACCUGGUGUCCAUUAGAUGAAAAGGAAUAUCCAGACAGCUACCAUUAUGACUGGCAGCUAGCAAAUCAUACAAUACACACAUUAAAAUACUUAAAGGAUAAAGGAGGCCCUUGGUUUGUUGCUCCUGAACCGAUUCCAAUAGAAAUACAGCAAAGCAUACGUCAUGCCUACUAUGCAUCAGUUUCAUGGGUUGACUCACAGAUUGGUCGGGUAUUACAAGCUCUUGAUGACAUGUCAUUAGCAGAUGAUACAUUAGUGGUACUCUUUGGUGAUCAUGGUUUCCAACUAGGCGAACACGACUCUUGGGCUAAAAUGACUAACUGGGAGCUUGCUGUUAGAGUCCCACUAAUCAUAAGAGCACCAUGGAAACCAGCUAGUGCUGGUAAGAGGAGUCAUGCAUUUGUUGAGCUAGUUGAUCUGUACAGAACAAUAUCAGAACUGGUGGGUGCUCCAUCACCUGGAGAUGAUAUUGAGGGAGUUAGUUUUGCUAGUUUGUUUGACUCACCUGAUCUGAAUGCUCAUGAAGCAGCACUUGCGCUAAACAAAACACCAGCAGCAUAUUCACAGUACACUCGUUGCCUCAAAAGUAUUGAUGCUCCUAAGCAAUGGGACAAUAACAGUUGCAGUGAGACCAGUAAGAAUAAAUUCAUGGGCUAUUCAGUGCGUGUUCCAAACUGGCGUUACACAGCAUGGAUGGAAUGGGAUGAUAGUAGGUUGAAAGCUAAAUGGGAAAGUGAGCCAUAUGCCGUGGAGUUGUACGAUCAUCAUAAGAGUGAUGGAGCAGAUGGAACAGAGAAUGACUUCAACCAGUGUGAGAUUGAAAAUGUUGCAGAUAAGAAUCCAGAAGUAGUGAAGGAGUUACAAAAUCAACUAAAAAGUUUUUUUAACUAGCUAGACUCUCUGCUGUUAAUACUACAAUAUGCUGCUUGCUUAAUACCUAAAUAAUGGGCUGCAAUACAAGACACAAUGACAUCUUUGUCACCUAUUGGGUCGCUACUGUGAUAUAAUAAUUAUUUUAUAAUAACAAGAACAAAUAAAAUUAUUGAA